AUGAAGGGAUCCGCAUCAAUACGCCACUUGUUUUUCACUGCAGUCCUGUUUACAGGAAUAAUCGUCGACUCGACGGGGCUAGAGUUCAUGGCAGGCCAGAACUUCUGUCCAUGGCUCCAGCUAACCCAGCCGCUGGAGGGCGGAGAGGAGUCAGGUAUUGAGCCGUCUUUUGCAACCUCGGAAGCGAGCUCAGAACUGUUUACGUCACAGCAUUCUAUGGCCUCUCUAUUCGACGUGGACUUUGGAUCAGGUUUCUCAACGCCUAUAACAUCAUACACAACGCACGAGAAAAGUUCGCAGACACUCACCUUCGCAGAAGCACUCUAUCUUACCCAGAAAGUGGAUCGUGGGAAAGAAAAUACAGAUAGAUUUUAUGCCGAAACGCAACCACAAUACUGCUCGCUCGAUAUGCUUUCGAAUACGAAUUUUCCAUCGAGGCAAGGAUCUAUUGAUAAAACUGAAUAUAUCACGUUGUUUGAUGCAUCAGCGACCUACAGAAGCUAUGGAAAGGAUACAUCAGACCGUUUAUCUAGUAAAAAGGUGAUCGGACCUUCUUCUGCUUUGCUGUUAACAUAUGGCAUAGGCGACCAUCUAGAACCAUUCCAGUCAAUUGAAGAGGAUCUACCGCCAUCAAGAGAACAGUCGAUACCUCUGGGUCCCACUGAGACGUGCAUCGGCGAUGAGGAUGGAAGCCCUUGCCCGUCAAUGAUUGAAAGUGAUGAUUCCAGUGUGGAGGACAUUGAAUUAAGAAAAGCCUUCGCUUGCCCUUAUUUCCGGCUCGAUCCUGUUCGACACAUUGAAUGUUUGAGCCGUAAGCUGUAUCGCAUUCAAGAUGUCAAGCAACAUCUAUCUCGGCGCCAUUAUAUCAAGCGGGACUAUUCAGAUAAUACGAGGGGCGUAAAUCCAAGAACACAGAAGGUUCUCAAGCUCCGCUUAGAUAGAAGACUGUCACCAGAAGGACAAUGGCACGAGAUUUGGAGAACGCUGUUUGAUGGGACAUUGCCUAGGGAAGGGCCUUAUCUGGGUAACUCUAAGGAAGAGAUUGUCGGAAGUAUGAUUGCGUUAAUGGAGCAGCUUUUUAGCGGGUUUCAAGCAUUAUCCGAUGAGCAAUCGAACUCUACGGAGACGGAGAAGCCUCCGACAUGCGGUGGCGUUGACUCGAUACCAAUGACACCAAAGGAUAUGGAGUUUGAAUUUGACUUUAACGUACCACUGCAUCGAUCUCCCCUGCCAGAGAUUCACGAUUCUUACUCUAGCAAGGACAUGACGGAGUUACAGGAAUCCAACUCGGUAAUUCCCACCGAACUACCAGAUUAUGCCACUUUUGAGGGAAACGGGGAGGACGACAUCUUGAUGGGGUAUCAAUCUGAAAAACAGCUGGACGCAGAUGUUCAAGUGAAGCCAGCUUGGCUACCGAAUACUGCACUUCACACGCCUAACGUAAUUGAGCGCUCGGAGACGGCUUGUGCUACUAUUAACACCGAGCACACCGGAAAGUCACUGACUUGUUUGACUCAUGUCCUUGAGGAAACGAAUGAUCCCGACCCAUAUGAGUAUGUUGACGCCUGGGCAUGCGACUACUGCGGAUUCGAAUACAUCUUCAGACCUAGAGGAGCGAGUAGCGACAUGUUGUGCUUUAAUUAUCCAUGCCUAGGCCGGCUUCCCGGCUGCUACUACGAUUCAGUUUACAAGGCACGGGUCAGGAGAGACAGGUUGUAG